GCUUUGGCUUUGUUCAUCAUGUAUUCAGCGUGCAGCCCGAGGGGCACCCUGUUUACAAGCAAAUUAAACCACCCUUUCCCCCUCCUAGGAUCCACAAAGCAGCGCCCUGAUCCUUUUUAAUCGUCGUGUUGGGGGCAGGGGGGCAAGUGAUUGAUAAGAUUUUAAUUAACUGAAUGCGCUCAAUUGUAAUCAUCAGUUUUCAUGUAUUUUAUAUUUCACCAAAUGCAAAUUUAGAAUAGGUGGAAAUGGGAGGAAACAGAGCUGUAGGUUGGGUUGUUAUGAUUCCGACGUCCUGGGACCAAUUGUCAGCGUGUCGAUGCAGUGGUUCAUUGAGAAAAAUAAAUCCAUUCAGGAGACUCCUCAGCAUCCCUGCGUCAGUGUUGACGUCAGAAACAGUGAUAAAGUCAAAUAUUGAUCUGAAGAAGGCUAUUUCUGGUAUGGUAUAUUUUAAGAAAUUAUAUUAUGCAGGAUAUCCUCCGUUUAAAACUACAAAAACGAUAUGAUCUGUUUUUGUUUUUUUUAACAUGAUUGCCAUCACAGUCAGAUCUAUUGGAAAACCUCUAAAUAGAAUUAGAAACAUCUCUAAUGUCAUUUCCAUUAUCUGCUAUUUCCAUUUCUUUAGGACGUCUUCCAAGACGUGAGCGCUCAAGACAUACCAUUUGUUCCAACAGUUACAGCAAUAUCCUCUACCCCAGAUUUUCAGUGGAUGGUCCAGCCUACGAUUAUUACAUCUGUCUCCCCGUCUCUGGGUAGCAAACAAGCCAAUGAACCACAAAGCUCUCACCAGGCAACACCCAAAGCAGGCGGGAAUAAAGGAAAAAAUGCUAACAGAAAGGGGAAAACAGAGCAGCUGUCUCCAGAGGAGGAGGAGAAAAAGAGGAUAAGAAGAGAGAGGAAUAAAAUGGCCGCAGCAAAGUGUCGCAACAGACGGAGGGAACUCACAGAUACACUGCAAGCUGAGACAGACAAGCUGGAGGAGGAAAAAGCAGCCCUGGAGACGGAAAUAGCCAACCUCAUCAAAGAGAAAGAACGGCUUGAAUUUAUCCUUGCCACACAUAAGCCAGUUUGCCAGAUGUCAGAAGAGCUCGAGUCUAUUUUCCAGGAGUCCACAGAGUCCCCAGAACUACUGCCCAGUCCAGAUGAGGACAGACUUCCAGAGGAUGGCAUCCAGGAAGCUCCUUCGCUCCAGGACAUGGACAUCCCCAGUGAUCCUACCACAGCCAUCUCUGGGAACUCCAACAUCUUACUGUGUGCCAGUGCUGAAAUCAACAUCUGCGAUCUCGAGCCCUCUCUGGACAUUAAGGAGGGUCUACUGGACAAUAUGUUGCCCAGCUUGGAGGAGAAAACUCCCAUGGAGACAGCUCGAUCUGUACCAGACAUAGAUUUGAGCAGCUCUCUUGGGGUCUCGGACUGGGAGACCCUGUACAAGUCUGUUUCCAGCGACCUGGAGCCUCUCAGCACUCCUGUGGUGACCUCCACCCCCACAUGCAGCAGCUACCUGUCUGUGUUCACAUUUGGGUGCCCUGAGCUGGACUCUCUCACAGAGGGACUAGACACCCUUAAAGGUGGAGGAAGCAAGGCUGAAUCUGUUGACAUCCUUAACUCUCCAACUCUUCUAGCCUUAUAAUGUGCAGAGGGGAAGUGAUCUGUCUGAUCUCUCUGUCUCUGGUUUUUCUGUUUGCAGGUUCCUGACUUUGACAUGAAAUAAACAUCGUAUGCCCCAAUAUGCUGUAACACUUCAAGGUAUACAUUCAUGUCUUGUGUGUGACUAAACAAGCAUAUAAGCUUUGUCCAGAUACAUAACCAAAAGAGUGAUGAAAAGCAUGGCUUUUAAUUCAACAGGAGGGACUGAAGUUUUGAUUUAAAAAAGCAUGCAGAGAAAAUCCAAGUCAUUUUCAACGCUCACAUAUAUAUCUGAUCUGUUACUAGAUCUAAAGUGUAAUGUGGAAUUUGAUGUAUCAAUAUGGUUUUGUGUUUUGGGUGUCAGUAGUGUAUUGAUUGCUGUAAAUGUAUUUACAAAUUCAUCUAUGUUAAGUACUCGCAUACCUCAAUGUCAUCGACUGUGGUUUGACCUCAUUGUUAAAAUGUUGAAAGUUUUCCAUGAAAACAUCAGUGCUAAAUAGUAUAUAUCUUAUCAAGAUGUAACUUAUUAUUUAUUUUUUUACCUUUCAGAUUUUGACUUAUUUGUUAAAAUUUAAAAAAAGAAGUAAAAAAUGAGCAUUGAUUGCUUAUCUAUGCUGCUGAAGAAUAACAAUAAAUCUACGUUCACA